AUGCUGGAGCCGACGAUCGAUGUUCUGAAGAGCAUUGCGGAAGAGCAUCUUGUCUCUGUUUCCGCGGUUGCACUGAACUAUUCGAUCGAUAAAGGUGUUGUUCCCCUGGUGGGAGUGCGCAACCCUGAACAAGUGGAGGAGGAUAUGCAGGCGCUUGGCUGGCGACUGAGCAAAGACGAGGUGCGUCGCAUUGAGGAGGUUAGUUUCGAGGGAAACACGUCUGCCUUGUUGCAGCAUGGGUAA